UCUAGUAGAUUUAGUCUUCUAACGUAAGGAUAACGAUAUGAUUUUCGAAGUAACGAAUACUAUAUAAAUGAACAAAUUCAUGACUAAAUCCACCUCAACAAAGUGAUAUUGAUGAAGGCAAAAAAAUAUAACGGAUAAGCUUUAGAUGCAUAAAGCAUUUGUAGUUGCUAUAAAUACCAAAACUGACAGUCACCAGAUCCCAUCACAAUCUUGGGUCGUUUUACAAUCAGAGAGACAGAGAUCAACCAUGGGAGUUUACACCUUCACUAAUGAAAUUCACAGCCCAGUUUCAGCCUCCAGGAUAUUUAAUGCCAUUACACUAGACCCUGACACCAUAGUGAAAAAGAUUGUGCCUAGUGGUAUCAAAAACAUUGACGUGAUUCAGGGGAAUGGAGGUCCUGGAACCAUCAAGCUAAUCAAUUUUCUAGAAGGCAAACCUUUCAAGUAUGUCAAGCAUCGAGUUGAUGCAUUAGACAAAGAAAAGAUGACAUAUGCAUAUACAGUAUUUGAAGGUGAUGCAUUGAUAGGCCGGAUUGAAUCGAUUUCCCAUGAAUUCAAGAUCAGUUCCAGGCCUGAUGGAGGGAGUACUGGGAUACAGGUCAGCACUUACCGAACUAAACCAGGUGCUGAGAACAAGGAAGAGGAAAUUACCUCUGGAGAGAGUAAGGAUAGCUGUGUUUUCAAAGCUGUUGAAGACUAUCUCCUUGCACACCCUGAUGCUUGAGUUAGAUGUUCCUCUAUAUAUGUAUCCAAUAAAACUUGUCAAAUUAUCGUGUUUUGACUACUGUGUAUCUUAUGU